AUUAAUGAUAGCGGGGAAUUUUCAAAAAGUCUUCGUCACACUCAACUUUUUUAGUUUAACUUUAUCAGAUGAUGAUUCUAUAGUUAAUAUGGACAAGACCGCCGUGUUCAAAGCGUAUGUUAAGACUAUCAAAACGAGAAACAGAGCAUUCGGGUCUCCAGCACCGCCACAGGUGGAUAUUCUAAAGCAACGUAAGCCACGUCGAGACGAAUUUUCUCGUAGGGCCAAGGACAUUGUCAACGAUCUAGUUAAGCUGACAGACUUUUUGAACCGUCACUUUAAGGACUAUAUCGACGUCCAGGCUUUCAAUCAGCAGACCACUUUGACGGACGCGGACCGUGACAAAAUCGAUAUAGGCGCGCAACACAUAAUCAAAACGUGCGGUCAACAGUUGAUGGUGCUUAAAAAAAGUUUGACAGGCGAUUGCAGUCAAAUAGACGAUCAUAGACGUCAGAUCAUACGCUAUGUCGAAUGGCGUCAAAAAUCCGUUACCAAGCUGUUUGCAGAGAUCAAAGCAACACGAGCCCAAAGAUGUCUAGAGUAUGAAAACGUUUCAAAGCUGAGCAACUUGACUCACGGGUUUGAACCCCCAAAAGAAACCAAUAACGCGGCCGCUGUUGAGUACGAAGCAGCUGACCGACAAUAUGCAGCUCAACUAGAUGAUGAAUUGUCACCAGAAGAAUUGCAAAUGUUUGAAGCCGAAAAUAUAGAAAUGUACAAUGAAUUAAAUCAAUUAUCAAAUGAAGUAAGAAAUAUAGAGUCCAAGGCUGUACGAAUUGCUGAGUUGCAAGAGUUGUUUACAGAAAAAAUAUUGGAACAAGAUCAGGAUCUCGAGAGGAUAGAUACAAUUGCAGUGAAUACUACUGAGAACAUUGUUGAUGCCAACACUGAAAUAAGAUCUGCGAUACAAACCAACGCCGGUCUUAGAGUAUAUAUAUUGUUCUUUAUAUUAGUACUUUCAUUUACCUUACUAUUCUUGGAUUGGUACAAUGAUUAAAUGUGAUGUAUAUGUUAUACCCAAACCACUUAUAUAAUUAAAGAAAGUUGGUAUUGUUGAAAGUAAUUAUUCAGUUUGGAUAAGGUGAACGUAUUGUGAUGAUUUUAUGUACCUAUAUUUGUUAAUUUAUUAAGUUUAAUAUAACAUUAUUUAUUUAUUCA